AAUUACGAACUCACGAGUCAGGCCCCACAAACGGAUAUCAACCAGUGCCCGGAAUGAUGCCUGUUGGCGUCCCUCCCCAACCCGAGCAACAAGGUGCCAUGCCUGCCCCCAGUACGCCUGUUGGUGUAUCACAAAUGGGAAUCGUGAGUCCGGGCGAUAGCGCUGGUGAUGGUAGGAAGUCCAAACGAGAACUGUCACAGUCGAAGCGCGCUGCCCAAAACCGCGCCGCACAGAGAGCAUUUCGUCAACGAAAAGAAGGUUACAUCAAGAAGUUGGAGCAACAAGUCAGAGAUUACAGCGAGAUGGAAAUGAGCUUCAAGGCCCUGCAGAACGAAAACUUCGCGUUAAGGGACUACAUUCUUCACCUGCAAAAUCGACUCAUUGACGUCCAGGGUGACUACCCACAACCUCCUCCGAACAUCAGCCUAGCAACCCCCCACACUCAGCAACUUCAGCAACAGCAACCGCCUCCACCACCCUCCGUACCUCACGGCAUUGCGCCUGAUCCAGUCCAAGCUGUACAGCAGGUUCCUCCCGCUACCAGUGCUCCGUCGGCAUCCUUGGAGGAAGCCGCGCAAGCCGUAGCCGGCCUGAGCCGAAGUGACCACCACAUGGGUGGAACUUCCCGGGAUCCCUAUAAUACGGCGGCAUCUCGCACAGAUGAGGACGCGAGGACGGCGGAGGUGAUUCAGAGGCAAUUGCAGGCGGAUAACAACUCAGGCAUGCCGGAUGGCCUCCCACUUCAGCAAGCAGCUAUAUAGGAAAAUGCUGGCACAACAGAUUAAAUGGUGGAAAGUAUGGGUCUGCAAACCAGUGUCGAUGGCCAAUCUGUUGUCGAGCUGUGGUUCGGCGUUCUUAUACCGUCUAUUCUUUGGACUUUGGUUCUUGGCUUUGUCACUUCACCAUGGCGUUGCGGGUUGAUCUCUAUAAUUCGAAGUCGUUACC